AUGGCUUGCAGACAAAUGCUGGCUGUCCUUGCAGUAGCUGUGGUUGCCAUGGCGAUCCUUCCGGCAAUGGCUCGAGCAACGGAAUAUGUGGUCGGCGAUGACAUGGGUUGGAACCUUGGAGUGAACUACACUGACUGGGCUCGGGGCAAGGUGUUCAGAGUCGGCGACUCGCUUGUCUUUAGGUAUGACCCUGAAAAUCACAACGUCCUCAGGGUCAGUGGCCCAGAUUUUCAGGCAUGCAACAAGGUUUCAGCACAGGGGCCUCUAGCCUCUGGGGAUGAUGCGGUCCCACUCUCAAGUCCAGGGAAAAGAUGGUACUUCUGUGGAAAGGCCGGGCACUGUGAAUCCGGCCAGAAGCUUGUCAUCACUGUCCUUCCAAGCUUGCAGGCUCCCGCUGCGUCCCCCACCCCUACCGCUCUGGUUCCCGGUUCCUCCAACAAGAUUACGGUAGCAGAGUACCAGAGUUUCAUGGUGGUGCUUGUGGCAGUUCUGACGACCUUCAUGACUUAA